CGGGGGCGGGGCCAGGCGCAGAAGGGGCGGGGCGAGCGGAGGUUGCCCUUGUGUCUCGCGCCGGGAAGCGGCUGGAGCGGAGCGGGAGCGGAGCGGGAUCGGAGUCCCUGCGCAUCCCCCCCGCCUCCGCCGCCCCGCGGCGGCACGGCACGGGACAGCCUGGCAUAGGCGAGCGGAGAGGCGGACGGACGGACGGACACGCCGGCAGGGGCAAGGGGAGCCGGCGGGGGCACCUGGCACCGCUCCGCGGUGGGAACCUGAACCUGCCCAGCAGCGCCGGAGCCAGCGGAGAGAGCCGCUCUUUCCUCCUCCUCCUCCUCCUCCUCCUCCUGCUCCCUCCCCAAUCCACCCCCGCGACCCUGGUCCUCCUCCUCCUCCUCCUCCUCCUCACCCCACUGGAUACAGCGAGGGAGACACUGCGGCGGAGGCGGCGGCGGCGGCGGCUCCUGCGGGGGGAAGGAAGCGCCCGGAGAGCGGAGCGGCGGGAGGCUGCGGAUCUGCGUGCCUGGCGCCCACCCAGCCCGAGGGGAGCCCCCAGGAUGCGGCUGAAGCCCGGCGCGCUCCUGCGCUUCUACAGCCUCUGCGGGAUCCUCGUACAAGUGGCUGCUACAAAGAACAAAGCUAGAGGCAGCCAAGGGCAGUUCCCACUCACACAGAACGUCACAGUUGUUGAAGGUGGAACAGCAAAUUUGACCUGCAGGGUCGAUCAAAAUGAUAACACCUCCCUCCAGUGGUCAAAUCCAGCUCAACAGACACUGUACUUCGAUGACAAGAAAGCUCUGAGGGACAACAGAAUCGAGCUGGUGCGAGCGUCGUGGCACGAGCUGAGUAUCAGUGUCAGCGACGUGUCCCUGUCGGACGAAGGGCAGUACACCUGCUCUUUGUUCACCAUGCCUGUCAAAACUUCCAAGGCUUUCCUCACCGUCCUCGGUGUUCCUGAGAAGCCACAAAUCACUGGAUUUACCUCACCAGUUAUGGAGGGAGAGAGGAUGCAGCUCACUUGCAAGACAUCUGGUAGUAAGCCAGCAGCUGAUAUCAGAUGGUUCAAGAACGACAAAGAAGUUAAAGAUGUUAAAUAUUUAAAAGAAGAAGACGCAAAUCGUAAAACAUUCACAGUCAGCAGCACGCUGGAUUUCCUAGCAGAUCGCAGUGAUGAUGGUGCAGUUGUAAGUUGCAGAGUAGAUCAUGAGUCCCUAAACUCUACACCUCAGAUAGCAAUGCAGGUUCUAGAAAUCCACUAUACACCUUUAGUUAAAAUCAUUUCUUCCAAUUCAUGGCCUGAAGAAGGACAAUCUAUAAUUUUGACUUGUGAAUCCAAAGGAAAACCAGUGCCAGAACCAGUACUGUGGACAAAGGACGGUGGAGAACUACCAGAUCCAGAGAGAAUGGUUGUCAAUGGCAGGGUUCUAAGCAUCAGCUUCCUAAACAAAACAGACAAUGGCACAUAUCGAUGUGAAGCAAAAAAUCCCAUUGGCCGAAACAGCACAGAAUAUGUCCUGAUAGUACAUGAUGUUUUCAGCACUUUGCUUCCCACUACUGUCAUCCCCUCCCUUACCACUGCAACAGUCACAACCAAUGUAGCCUUAACAGCCAGCACAACCACAUCGGCAACAGCCACCAGCAUCAGAGAUCCAAAUGCUUUGGCUGGACAGACCGGACCUGAUCACGCUCUUAUAGGAGGAAUAGUGGCUGUAGUUGUCUUUGUAACACUAUGUUCUAUAAUUCUCCUUGGUCGAUACCUGGCAAGACAUAAAGGAACAUAUUUAACAAAUGAAGCAAAAGGAGCUGAAGAUGCACCUGAUGCCGACACAGCCAUUAUCAAUGCAGAAGGCAGCCAAGUCAAUGCAGAGGAGAAAAAAGAGUAUUUCAUUUAGAUGCAGAGCUAGAAUCUUGGAGUUUUACUUAUCAGGCUGACUGCUGGAGAAAACUGGCUAUCAUUUCUCAGAAUUCAUCUCUGCCAUCUUCUGCUAUCUUUAUUAACUCACAUACCUGCUAUAAGUAGCCAGUUUAUGCCAACAAUCAGCUGUUGACAUCAUCAUUCUAUAAUUACAGUAUCAUGCAUAAAACAGGACAUUUCUUAUUGCCUAAAAAUCAUAUCCACUGCUCUCUUAACAUACAGUGCUUGAAUAUACAGCCUUAACAAUGUUAAUCAUCAUCUUAAUCCAAGUUUUCUACAUCUUUAAGUGUUAUGCAGCUUUCUUUUCCAAUUUUCUUUUAUCAUGGCCCUACUAGUAUGUCAUAGAACAAAAUUCAUAACAAGUCCUAUUAGGUAAGAUCCUAAUUUACUUACAGAAAAUGUUAAGUCUAAGAUUAGAGGUUUACAAAGAAUCUUUUAUAUCGGUCUAUCUAUAGUUCAAAAAGCAACUUGUUUUUGAAACAUAUGCCCUCGGAAACACAAAUUGAAAUCUGUUUAGUAUAGUUUCUCAUUUGUUUGGAUUUGGUGGGAAAAAAGAUCAGUCCAGUGAAUUUUUCAGGGUGUUUUGCUUUGUUUUGUUAUGAUUUAAAUGGUACCUUGACAACAGUGCCAUGUUUCAGUGGUGAAAACAUGCUGAAUAGCUAUAGAGAUUCUACAAAGUUAGGUUAAUAGAGCUUCUUUUGAAACAAUUUGUCCUGCCCUUUUACUGGCUUUUGGUAUCACAAAGAUUAGAGAACUUUCUGAGUAAUUUAUGUUUUUAUAAUUUAUUUGCUAAACAUGAACUCACCUGCCUACUCAAAUUUGAUGUGUUCAUGGGGCACAAUUGCAAGGCAUUUUAGUAUCUGUAUAUAGUGCAUAUAAUAAAUUCAAUUAAACAUUAUUUGAUACAUAUUCAACUUUUUUUGGCAGUAGCUAAGUCAGUCACAAGUAAGCAUUUUCUAAUGUCCAUUAUAUCCCUUUAGAUAUGACUCAAAAUCAAUAUUCUGAGUAGAUAACAUGUGUUAGUAUUUUUUUGUCUGUAUGUCCUAGCACUGUUCAGCAGCAAACUUUUCUAGUUCUUGUUAAUUUUUUCUUUGUUAUACAAUGGAAGCACAAUGUUAUAUGGAAAGGUAGUUUUAAGCUAACAACCAGUGCACAGCCUCAGGUUUUAAAUUACAACCACAUUUGAUUACUAUCCUUAAAAAGUACUAUUGAGUUGCUAAAAUUCUCAAUUUUAAUUUGGCAGUUCCAGAGCUGCUUCUCUAUGUUGGUUUGCCAAAAAAAAAAAAAAAAAAUCUUAAAAAAAAAAAAAAAGAAAAAAAAGAAAAAAAGUAAAAAUAGAAGUGUUAAAACAAAAGAUAUAUGUUUUGUGUAUACAGUAAAUGGACUAAUUCUUUAUAUUAAAUUCCUGUCUAUGCAUUUUGUGAGGUACAAACUUAUGUCACCGUGAAUGAUAGAGAAUUCCUGCCAUGCUUUUAGCUCCACAGUGAAGGUCUCUGUUUGGAUUAUUUCUGAAUUUUUUUUUUUUGUGUAAUUGACAGCUAAAAAAUCACAUGCUCUUAAAUAUGACAACAAAACACUGUAAGCCCAUCGGCUUAUUUCCUCUUCCAAUGAAAAGAAAAGGUUGCCAUAACAGGUCUUGGAAAUGAUUCUACACUGGAGAAUGCAAGUUAAGUCUAGUUGGAGCUCGCUUUGCUCCUGUGAUUUGCACCUUUGACAAAAGAAGUAUUUCUCUCUGGUUGAUGUGUAUGUGAAGCAUAAAAGCAUGAUGGUCUGCUGUAAAGGACUUUCUCCUGGGAUUUUAUUUUUGUGUGGGGAAGGGAGAAUUUGGAAUACGACAUCAUGUGGUAUGGUAAAAUGGAAGAUAAAGGUGCUGUGACAGAUUAUUUAUCAGAAGAAUAUAAACCUUUUAAGGACAAUAUUAGAGUAUUUUAAUUGUUUUUGUUGAAGCAUUUAUCUUGUUAAUUUCUAAGAAAAAAGGGUGACGUCAAUCAAAGCAGCACUUUUUUUCAAAAUAUACAGACAUAAAUAAUAUGAUGUGGUUGAGUGUUAACAUAAUAAAUCAUAUACAGUAUGACAUUUUAAAGAAAUAAGUCUGCAUUGAUGUGAUUGCAUGCUUGUUUUAACAGGUCACUCCAUACCCAUCUGUGGAAAAAUGCAAUAAUAUGUUAAUAUAAUAUGGUAGUUUGAGAGAACCAGGUAGGUGCUACUAGACACAUUGAAAACUAGUAUAGGUUUACAAGAUAUUCAUGUCUUUCAAAGCAUAAACAUGUAAAAGGCUGGCAAAGGAAGUCAUUCAGUUUAAUACCAAAAAUAUGGGUUCUUGUCACAGCAGUAAGUUACAUUAGCUGUAGUGCAGUAUCAAGGUUUUAUUUCAGGACCUGGGGCCCAGUUCAACAAAGCUUUUAAGCACAUAGCUUCAGGUGUCAGAGGAGUUCCCUUGGAGUGUAAGGCACUGUUCAUAUGCUUAAAAACGAAGUGCUUCCCUGGAUGAGGGCCUUAUUUGCUCCGGUGGAAUUCCCCACCAGCGUGGUGUUUACGCCUUUCUUCAUCCUUCUUAACUCCAGCUCGCUUGAAUAGUAGGGUUGUUACUUGAACCAUUACCCAGCCAAGGUCAGGCAGGGCCUUCAAAAGCAGGAUUGGCCUUGUGGUAACCAUUUCAAACCAUAUUCUCCAGUGGCAUACAAACAGCAUUUCAACUUGGCAAAAAAAAAAAAAAAAAUCGGAUAUGAACUGUACUGUUAAGACAGGUUUGUUUGGGUUUGUUUUUUUUUCUUUUCCCCACUGGCUUUCAAUUAAAACUGCUCACAUGCACUCAUUUGUAACCCAUUUGAUCUUCCAUUGUCUUGCACCUGGUGAUGUCCCUUGCAGCUGUGCACAGCUGUGAACAGCCCAACACAGAGCGUUCUACCUGGACAGCACUUUGCAGGCCUGUCUGGUCUUCACGGGUUCAGAUUACUGCACUGGGGGCAACGAGGCAUCCCUCUUUUCUGUAAGCAGAGUCGUGGCUCAACACUAAUGACAUUAAGUAGGCUAAAAGCCAGUUGUCCAUUCCUUUCGCCCGAGUUCCGAUUCUGAAAAGAAGAAAAAAAAAUGUUUUUAUGAUGGUGUGAGGCACCAGUGAGUGUGUAAAAUGGAGGCUCUGAAUGGGAACCAUCUUCACUAAAAUGUAUGUGACAUCCUCUCCCUCACUCACUUGCAGAGUAGUUUUCUCCAGAGCAGGUAGCUAGUUUCUGCCAGUGUACUGUUUACAGUGUUGAUUGCUGAUUAUUUUUAAACUUUUUGAUGUAGACUUUAUUUUUUCUUCUUGUUGUUUUGGUUUUGUGGUUUUUGGUUUUUGGUUUUUUUGUUUUUUUUUAAUGCUUCAAGAACAUUCUCAUUAUUUCAACAAGAAAGCGGUGCAUCAGAAGACAAGGGGUGCAUCAUCCCACUCUUUUAGUGUCAUCUGACAAACCAAGAGACAGUUUGAGGAACCUGAUGUUUAACUUGAGGCUCAGAGUUUAAGCUAGAACAUCUCAAAAGUUUCCACAUUACUUAAGGAUGGUUCGUCUUGCACUGAGACUCCCUCUCUAAAGGAACACAUGAAGAAAAGCAACUUUUCUAAGUGAGACAUGAAAGUUAACAUCUUGUGUGUUUUCAUUGCAGUAUAAUAUAUAUAUAAAUAUAUAUAUAUAGCUAUUUCAAUGAAAAGAAAGGACAGAAUCAUCUGUAAUUAUGUAAUUCAUGAUUGUAACAGCACUGAAGUUACCAUGUACGCACAUGUACAGUAGCUCUUUCAACAGUUACAGUGUAGUUACAUGUAAUUCCCUGUAACAUAGCAGUUCUAGUGUAAUUUAGUGCCACUUAUUGUAAAGUGUUACCAAAAGGAAAACGGACUUCUUACCUUUAGAAUUCCGUUCCAAUUAAAGGUAAGUUUAUUAAAUUAGCAUCAUUAAAUCUGAUAUUGCGUUUCUUAAUUAAGGAGGUGAUUUAAAAGUUUCAUGUUCACACUGCAGCUUCCCCCCAUGGCUUACCCAGACUCCUCCAAAUGUCUAAUCUCUACACUCCUAGGGACUGGUAAUCUGUUAUGAACAUACCAAAAAUCCCAGCUACUCCAACUUUAAUUGAAUGAGCUGUCUAAUAAAGAAAAACAGCAACAACAAAAAUUAUGAGUAAUGCUUUUUAUUAAGUGGCACAAAGUACACACUAAAAACUAUGCAAAAAUAUAGGUAAAUACAGUGUACUUACAUGUAAGUAUCUUGUACUUGCUGUGUAUGGAUAUUGGAAAACCAUGUAAUUAUAAUAUGCAUUUUGAUUAUUCCAAGCAAGGGGUGACCCCCAAAAGUCACAAGGGAAAAGUGGAAGGUACAUCUACAAGCAGUGGAUAUCCUAAUGCAAUAUGUGUAAUUCCUCUAGUUGCAAUGGCAACUAAUUUACAAAAAAAUACUGCCCCUCAUUUUCACCAGCUUUGCUUUCCAUUUCUUGGAGCACCAUUAAAUACCACUGAAACACCUUUAGGCAAAGUAAGACACUGACUCCUCUAAUGGCUUUGCUGCCAGCACUCUGAAUGCCUGGCAACACUGUUCUGUAACCUUAUUGCUGGCUCAACAGCACAAGUUUCAUCUUUUUUUCUGUCCUCAAGGGAGCCUAGUAUGUUAAGAUGCUGAAAUAUGCUGCCAUAUGCCCUGGUAUUUUUAGCAUGAACAACAGAGAAACAGAGAGAGAGAAAAAGAGAGAGCUGCAUUCUUCUGACCCCUAUUUUGCUGAAUCACCUCACCUGGAAUUUCCACUGCUUGCUCAGUAAUGCCAGGUAAUCUUAAAUUGUAAGUACAAAAUGCUUCCAUUACAGUACAGAGGGUGCCCUAAAUGAUAAAGCUAAUUUUUUGUAAAUGUGAAGUUUUGUAUUGUAGAUCUUUUUCCUUCUUGACACUUUUCCGUCAUGCCCUUCCAGAAGAAAUGCACCAAAAGAUAGAUAAUAUAGAAUAGCAAAAGAAGACAAGAAAUUUUCUUGUAAACCUUCUUGUGGUUGCCAUUGCUAUCACCCUCUUUGUGUCCUGUCUAACAGGCAAAUAAAUGUAAUUAGCAACUGCCAUUAGCAUCAUUCCACACUAUACUAUUCCUAGAAUAUGACAUCUACCUCUUAGUCUAAAUACUAGCUAUGAGAUAUUUGUAUACAUUUUAAAUACUAUUGAAUCUUUGCUUUAGUCUUGAAAUGAAAUCACUGUAUCAUUAAUUUUUUUUCUGCUAAAAAUAGGUGAAAAUAUUUUCUUGGUUCAUAAUUCUUGCCCUGCUCUUAUUAAUUCUGAUAUAGUUUUAUCUUUUUAACAGGGCAUAAGGACACAGCCUCAGCUGGUAUAAAUCAGCUUCACUCUGUUGCCUUAAAUGUGGGCCAAUUUACGCUGGCUGGGGAUUCAUCCCAAACAGCUUAAAAAUAAACUGCUAUAAUACAUCAAUAUUUAGUCAGCUCUAGAUUAUGAUUUGCAAUCCAACUGCAACACAAUUCUUCCAAGUAAGACAUGCACCUAUGAAGAGAAACUUUAAAAAGCACAUGCAAGCUUUUGAAUUAAAUAUGCAAUAUCAACACUGUUGAGAUAUCCUGACUUGUCUCUCACUUAUUUAAACAUAAUAUUGCCAGGGCAUGUUUACAUUAAAAACACUCAAUGCAUGCGGAGCAGAGAAGGACUAUUGCAAACAGCAGAAGAAAAUUAAAUUAAUAGAGAUGCCUUUGAUGUCAACAGAACAGAGUAGAAACUCUUUUGAGAGUAGGACUUCCUACAGGGUUUUUCAGGGUGGACCUAAGGCGUCUAAAACACAUGAAAGUUGUUUAUUUGGCAUUAAGAGAAGCUAGCACAGUUCCUUCUUGCUGUCGAGGAAUCCUACCCAGCACUCUGCACUUCUUUUAACUCAGGAGAAAAUAAGGGUACAAACAUGGUUGAACAGCACACUUCUGUAUCACUCCACAUCCUCAGGAUGCUCCAAGCCUCGUGCGCUUCCAGCAGCCCUUAAGAGAAUUCUUCCAACAUCUAGGAAUCAUCCUGUUGCUGAGCUGUGUUCAUUUUAUUCAGCAAUGUUUAAUCUACUCACAACCAGAAGGUGUGAAGCCAAUUUGAAUGAGUCUGCAGUUCUAGGGGCUUCCAGAGCCUUGCAGUAGAUGGGGAAAAAUAAAAAAAAAUAAAUAAAUCCUUCAUGGCUUCUGUGUUUACUGUAGGUCUGCCCUCCACAUUCUGUGUCUUAAGUCAUUUAUUCUCUGCUGGGCUAAAAGCAGCAGUCUAAUUGGAAAGGAGGAAGGGAAAGUAUCUCUUCUGAAAGGAGUAGUCUGAGCUACUAUUAAAGAAAGGUUCAAGGGUUUUUGUUUCUUCCCUUUUUUAAGAUUUCAGGUGCAAAGCCAAGCCUGUUGGGGUCAGCACUUUAGCACUUUCCCUGUGUUCAGGGUCAAGCCAGCAGUGUUUCAUGUGUGAGCUCUGAUCUCAUGUUUCAGCACAAACUACAGACAGCCUUAGCCUGCCCUUAUGCAUAGUGCUGAAAAUCACCAAUGCUAUUUUCUUCUAAACAUAAUAAUUUUCUCAGUCUUGUUCUAAAAUGAAAUAUUGAAGGGUUUUUGUAAUAGGUGUAAAGGGAGGGAGUUUAAAGUAAUAGCUUGUAAAUAAGAUUGUAAGGAUGAUCAUCAACUCUUUAUGUUGAUUAUAAAGAGGAGGAUAGUUUUUAAUUGCUGGGCUGAUUUCUUUAUCAUUUCCUCUUUCUCUCCUUUCUAUGCAUAUUGAUUAAUGUUAGUAAAUAUGCAGUUGCACAUGUUGUCCUUUUUCAGUGAAUGCAGGUUUGCUUAUACCCCUAUAUAGCUUUCAUAGAAAUAUGCAAAUAUAACCUACAGUCAUCUGGUUCUGCCAAAACAGUGAAGGAAGAGCCAAGAGAGGGAAAUCAUGGAUUACUGGAUUCAUAUAUGUCCUGCUUCCAUCAAAAUUGAGUACAGUACACCUAUUGAUCUCAGAAGAACAAGGCUCAAGUCCUUAAUGCACAUGUUUGAGUUGCUAUUUAGCUCUUUUUCAAAAGAAUUAUAAAGCAAUCCUUGUGCAUCCUUUACUUUUUAGCCUUGAUAUUUUAUAACUACAAAACCCCUUCAGUUCACCAGGAAGUUUCCUAGAAUAAAUAAUAAGGCAUAAUUUGUGAAAGGACUAUAACAAAUUCAUCUAUUCAUGGUCAGUGUAAGUGUAUUCUCCUAAGAAUUCUGGUGUACUUUGCUCUUACACUGGCAGUUUAUGGUCCUGAGAAGGAUAUAUUUGAAUGGUUCAGAAAUAAAACCACUAACCUGUAAAAAAAAAAAAAUCCAUGGGAAUUAAACAUAUUGCACUAAUGAUGAGACACAUCAAUUUCAUUUUAUUUCCUCAUUAAAGACUUUAAACAACAAAAUGCAUAUUGUAAUGUUGGGUACAUGACACUUGCAUGUUGCUAUGCCUAUAUACUUACAAAGUAUUCAAUGUGUACUUGGUGGCGCUUAAAAAUGUCAUGUACAAUUCUUCUAAACAUUCUUACAGGGUUCCCAUUUGCACUUCAUCUUUCAGAAAAGUCUUGUCAGAAAAUUGUCUGAUGAAUAUUAUUGAAAAAAAUAAAAUUUCAAUUUUAGUUAUCUGUUGGA